UUUGGGUCUACACCAACCACAAGUGCAGUACAUUCACAACUCACCAAUCAUCGACAAUCGUUCGAUCUCACGAUUUCAACUAACUUGAUUACUUUUAAUACCGUUCUUUUGCAGGGGCGAUAUAAUCCGACAGGAAUAUUCGGAUUUCUUGCGCCUCCUGAAUGUACAACGGCUCACAGUUGACCCUGAUCACCGAAGAGGCACGACUUUCAGAUCACAGGCAGACACUCAUCGACUCAGACAAUGUCUAUGACUGCUCAGUCAUAUAAUCGAUAAUAUCCCACCAUGGAGGACCCCUUGGUCCAAGGAGUCAAUGGCGUCGCCAACGGCACGCUGGCCACACCUGCUCCAAGUGCGGUCGAUCCGCAGGCGAUCAUCAAAUACCUGUCCAGUGUACUACAGGUGACGCUCGGAGCGAGUGAAGAGGAGCUGAAAGGGCCAGGCAGUCUGCUACAUGAGUCUAUACUUGAAGAGACGCUCUUACGGUGUACAAGAUUUGCGGUGGAGCAACAACCACUGUAUGUGCUGAAGCAGGCUGCGCCCGUUCAGCAAAAUGGCUACACCAACGGUGCUGGCGCCAUCGACGCAUAUAUUCUCAGUUCAGAGCUCAACACAUCCUCACGGAUAUCCGGCUGCGUCGCUUUCAUCAAGCGAUCCACCCAAAUUUCGACUGAUGCUCCCAUCAGCAGCCAGCUGAUCGUCACAAACCUCCCUCUGCCUGGCGCAUCAGGGCUGGGCGACUCCAGCUCCGCUAACCCUCCAUAUGAACAUAUCCUAUCAUUAAUGCGAAGCGUCAUCACUCCCUGUUUCGAAGCGGCCGCCAGGGGAUCAGAGCCGAGCAGUGAGAAAUUACGACUUGAUGGAGAUGCACGGACAGGCGUGUCCGGCGCAAGGCGGAAACUCGCAGAUCUCGAACAGUCUCUCGAGAGCCUGCAGCAGAACAUUGAGGUGGAAGCACCGAGACUUCAGGUCCACGAGGCUGUUCAGACUCAACUGGAGGAUGCGAAUGGUGACCUACAAGCGGCAACCCUGCAGAUUCCAAACGAGAUUGUCUCUGACAGUGCCCUUCUCAACCGCUUGCAGAACCAAGCGAACGACUGGAUUAAACAAAUCCGAGAUUUCACACGCAUCACGGAUGAUCGGAUGGUGGGCACUACCUCACAAGAGAAGAACUUUUGGCUGGCUAUGGAGAGCGCAAUCGAGAGCAUCGAGGCUCAACUCGCCAGCGGUGGAAUUCAAUUGACGAUGAAGAUCCUGGAAAAGGCCAAGAGACAUGGUAUCACUGCUAGUUUCUCGUCGGACACCCGGUUGAAGGAGACAAAGGACAAAGUCCAGAGAUAUAACCAGCUUUUCCACGGAUUUCCCAUCGAAGAGAUGCUGUCGGCGACAUCAGUGGAGAAGCUUCGCGAUGCGCUCGAUGAUGUCUUUACUCAUCUCAACAAGAAAUUGCGAAUCUGUCCAUACCCCAUUCGAAGAGCGCUCCCUCUUGUCGAGGCGAUCUCCGCUGAUGUCGAUGCUCGACUUCACCACCUCAUCCCUGGAAAAGCGCUGAUGAAUCUGUCAUAUGUUGACUUCCGGAAAGUCAUUGCACAAGUUCAAGAAGUAUGGCUCUUCUGGGACGACAACGUCAAAGAAUUCACCAAUGUUGCCCGUGACGUGACCAGGAAGCGAAAUGACAAGUUCAUUCCUAUCAAGAUCGUCAAGCGCCACGACAAGACCCAGGAUCGCCUCAGCUACAUUUCCAAAUUCCGUGAGGAGCACGAACAGCUGCAAGGCACCAUUGCCAGUGUGCUGGGCCCGGAUGAGGAAGGCAUGGACUAUUCGCAUGGCGCAAAUGGUCCUGUCAUCGUGGAAGAAAUGGGCGACGUCGACGCUGCUGAGGAAAUUGCCCAAGCUUACCUCGUCGUCAAAGAUGUGGAUGUGCUCAACAUCUCGGAGGAAGGGGAGAAGGUCUGGACCCAAGCCGAAUUGGCUUACAAUGAGCGGACAGCACGGGUGGAGAACUCGAUUAUCGCCCGUCUGCGAGACCGACUUGCGGUGGCCAAAACCGCCAACGAGAUGUUCCGCGUCUUCUCCAAAUUCAACGCCCUGUUUGUCCGACCAAAGAUUCGAGGAGCCAUCGCGGAGUACCAGGUUCAGCUCAUGAAUAAUGUCCGCGAAGAUAUCGAAAGCCUUCAGCAGAGAUUCACUCACCAGUAUGGUCAGUCGGAAGCGCACGGGAUGGCUCAGCUUCGUGAUCUGCCGCCAAUCUCUGGAGCCAUCAUCCGCGCUCGACAGAUCGAACGCCAGCUGAACAGCUACCUUGGCAAGGUCGAAGAUAUCCUUGGUCCCAAGUGGAAGGAGCAUAUUGAUGGACAACGUCUAUUCAAUCUCGGUGAGGGCUUUCGUAGGAAGCUCGACACCAAGCCGAUCUUUGAUGACUGGUUACGGGACAUCGAUCGACGACAUUUGUCAAUUUCAGGUCGUCUAUUCGCCAUUACACAGAACCGAGCUCGAGGGAAUGUUCUUGAGAUCCAUGUCAACUUCGAUUCUCAAGUCAUCAUUCUGUUCAAGGAGGUCCGGAAUCUGCUUUGGCUCAAUUUCAAUGUUCCACACGCCAUCAGCAAUGUCUCGAAAGAGGCGCGACGAGUGUACCCUUUCGCUGUCAGCUUGAUGGAGAGUCUCAACACAUACAGCCAGACCAGUCUGACUAUCCAGGGCAUGUCCGAAGUCACUCCUCUGCUAAGUGGGUAUCGUAAUAAUGUCCAGAGCUUCAUCGCCAAGGGUGCCUCUCUUCGAUGGGACACUUUCGUCCUUGCCUACGACGUACACGUGCGACAAAUCGGCGACUCUGGACUCGGCGCCUCGAGCGACGACAAGCUGCAUGUACAAUUUGUGCGCAACCUGGGCAACUCCAUCGCUACGCUUCAAAGCAAGGUCACCACGCUAGCAGCGAUCCAGGUCAUUGUGGACGCAGCGUUGCGUGAAUUGCAGUCCUGCCCUUUCACCCACGAAGCUUUUAGCACACACCUCGAGACCCUACAGCGCGCCAUAGAUCAGCUCAACCUCGAAGCCUAUGCCAACAUCCCGUACUGGGUUUCCAAGACGAACGACAAGGUUGUGCAGACGCUGCACGCUCGAUUGCAGCAAGCUCUCAAGGACUGGACGGAUGAUUUCGAGCAAGGUUAUGAGGCCGAUCAGACUUCACGUCUUGGUGCGCCCAAUAUUGAGACGUUCUCGCACGAUAUUGUUAUGCAAAACCAGGUCAUUCAGUUGGAGCCACCGCUUGAGGAUGCCAAAGCGGGUUGGUUGGAUAACCUCAAUGCCUGGCUCGGAACGGUCUGCAGUCUUGCAAGAUUACAGGCCUCGCGGUACGAAAGCGCUUUGACGGUCAGCUCGAUCAAUACUACUUCGACAUAUUCUGACCUGCCGCUGUUGUGCAUGGAAACUCUCGGCAAUCUCUACCAGCGCAUCGAGGCAAAGUUGAGCAUCGCCCAAACCUAUGUCGACGAAUGGCUUCAAUUUCAAUCGCUUUGGGAUUUGCAAUUGCAACAGAUUCAAGAUGACCUUGGUGAAGAGCUUGAUUUCUGGCUUCAACUCAUCCUUGAGAUCCGUCAAAAGCGUGACACCUUUGAUACUUCCGGCAUGCGAAGGUCGUUCGGUCAUCUUGUGAUCAAUUACGAACAGGUACAAGCCAAAGUCAACGCCAAAUACGACCAGUGGCAACAUGAUCUGCUCGCCCACUUCUCUGCAAUGUUCGCCACACGUCUCGUAGAAGUCUACUCCGAUCUGCAACGGGCACGAAAGGAUCUCGAGAGCCAAUCUAUGCAAGCGUCAUCAACCUCCCAAGCCGUCUCCUUCAUCACCGUCGUGCAAACCUGCAAGCGCCAGACCCGAAUCUGGGAACCAGAGAUGGAGACAUUCCGCCAAGGUCAACAAACUUUGACCCGCCUUCGAUUCUCAUACCCCAAGGAUUGGCUGUAUGUUGAACAGGUCGACCACGAAUGGGCUGCGCUCGUCGAAGUUCUUGAGAAGAAGAGUAAGCAGAUCGCAGACCACACGGAAGGUUUAAGAGCCAAGAUCAUCGCCGAAGAUGGCAUGGUCUCGCGACGCAUUGCGGAGAUGACGGACAAAUGGCGGGAGAACCGUCCGGAGUCAGGAUCAAUCCCGCCCGCAGAAGCAGUUGCUGCUCUCGAAGGCUUCGAUACGGAGCUCACGCAGCUCCAGGAACAGGCUGAUAUGGUGUCAAAGGCGAAGGAAGCUCUUGAAUUGCCCGCCGGUCCGGACAACAUGCUUGUCGAUCUCCUUGCAGAAGUACAGGAUUAUAAGUCUGUCUGGGCGAACUUGACAGUCGUCUGGGAGCAGGUGAACGACCUGAGGGAUCAGCCAUGGAAUAGCAUUCAGCCUCGAAAACUCAGACAGUCCAUUGAUAAUCUGAUUAAGACCACCAAGGAGAUGCCCAGUCGUAUGCGCUCAUACGCGGCCUUUGAGCACCUGCAGUCGGUCCUUCGACAACUGCUCAAGGUCAACCCGCUUUUGACGGAGAUGCGAUCGGAUGCCGUGCGCGAACGCCACUGGAUCAAGAUCUUCAAGAAUCUCCAGCCGACAAAGAGAUAUUCCGCAUUGUCCAUGACGCUCGGCGACGUCUGGGAUCUCCAACUCGGACCCAGUGAAGCUGUCAUCCGCGAUGUCAUUGCUCAAGCACAGGGUGAAAUGGCACUCGAAGAAUUCGUGCGUUCAGUCCGAGAGCACUGGCAAAACUACUCACUCGAUCUCGUCAAUUACCAAAACAAGUGUCGACUCAUUCGUGGCUGGGACGACCUCUUCGCGAAAUGCAGUGAUCAUCUCAAUUCGUUGCAAGCCAUGCGUCAUUCGCCGUACUACAAGGAGUUCGAAGAAGAGGCAUCAUCUUGGGAGGACAAGCUCAACCGCAUUCACGUCCUUUUCGACGUCUGGAUCGAUGUGCAGCGCCAGUGGGUCUACCUGGAAGGUGUCUUCACUGGUAAUGCUGACAUAAAGCACCUGCUACCCGUGGAGUCCUCUCGUUUCGCCAACAUCAAUAGCGAAUUCAUGAAUGUCCUCAAGAAGGUCUAUCGUUCACCGCAGGUUCUGGAAGUGCUCAAUAUUCCAGACGUACAGCGCUCGCUCGAGCGACUGGCCGACCUACUCAACAAGAUCCAAAAAGCGCUAGGUGAAUACCUCGAGAAGGAACGUGUGGCAUUCCCACGUUUCUACUUCGUCGGUGACGAGGAUCUCCUGGAAAUCAUCGGAAACAGCAAUGACACCCUUCGCAUCGCCAAGCAUCUCCGGAAGAUGUUUGCUGGCGUCUCAGGUGUCAUCAUGGAUGACGACUCGAAUAUUCUCGCAUUGACGUCGAAAGAGGGUGAACAGGUAAAUUUGAAGACCCCGAUCAACCUCAUCGCUACUCCCAAGAUCAAUGAUUGGCUCCGCGCGCUGGAGAAUGGCAUGCGAGAUACGCUUUCGGAUCUGCUCGUGGAGGCUGUCAAGGAGUAUGAAAAUCUCGACGAGAAUGAUGCGGAUGCUUUCCCGGCCUACAUUGAGAAAUUCCCCGCGCAGAUUGUCGUCCUGGCCACCCAGGCAGUAUGGACUUCGCAGGUCGACGGAGCACUGCAAGCAGACAGGACGCCUCUUCAAAAGCUGUACGACGUUCAGGUUCACAAACUGAAGUAUUUGGCCGCUUGCGUACUCAAAGAGCUAGAUCCUAUCUUCCGCAAAAAAUGCGAACAGCUCAUCACCGAGUUCGUCCACCAAAGAGAUGUCAUCGAGCGCCUUAUCAAAGGCAAUGCAGACUCAAAUACCCAUUACCUCUGGUUGUUGCAGAUGCGUUAUGAAUUCAACGCUGCCAGCGCUCCGCUCAGCCGCAUGCAGAUCCAGGUCGCCAACGCCACGCUUCCCUACGGAUUCGAGUAUCUUGGUGUCACAGAGCGUCUCGUCCGAACCCCACUUACUGAUCGCUGUUUCUUGACACUUUCCCAAGCGUUGUGCCAACGUCUUGGUGGUUCGCCUUAUGGUCCAGCUGGUACUGGAAAGACGGAAUCCGUCAAGGCCCUCGGUGUCCAACUUGGUCGUUUCACUCUCGUUUUCAACUGUGACGACACUUUCGAUUUCCAGGCCAUGGGCCGUAUCUUCCUCGGUCUGUCCCAGGUCGGUGCAUGGGGUUGUUUCGACGAGUUCAACCGAUUGGAGGAGAGAAUUCUUUCCGCUGUAUCGCAGCAGAUUCAGAACAUUCAAGUCGGCCUCAAAAAGCGGGCCAUUGACCCCAGUGCGCAGAUCGAGCUCAUCGGCCGUCAGCUCAAGGUUCAUCCCCUGACGGGCAUGUUCAUCACCAUGAACCCUGGUUAUGCCGGACGAUCGAAUCUGCCCGACAACUUGAAGAAGCUGUUCCGCAGCGUUGCCAUGUCCAAGCCCGACAAGGAAAUCAUCGCUGAAGUCAUGCUGUUCUCCCAGGGUUUCUCCGAAGCCAAGACGCUUUCUCGCCAGACCGUGCCUUUCUUCGACAGGUGCAGCUCCGCGCUUUCCAAGCAGCCCCAUUAUGAUUUCGGUCUGCGUGCGCUGAAGAGUGUCUUGGUCAGCUCGGGCGGGCUCAAACGUGCUCGUCUGACAGGCGUCGCCGAACAGCUCGUCGAUUCUGUCAUUGAACCCCAGAUCAUCGUGCAAAGCAUUCGUGAGACCAUCGCGCCGAAACUCGUCCGGCAGGAUGCUUUGCUCAUGGCGCAGAUCGAAGAGGAAGCCUUCCCCGGCGUGCGAUACAUGCCCGCGCCAUUGGAGAGUCUUCGCAAGGCUCUUGGGGAGGUGGUUGAGGAACGGAAGCUGGUCGCGACCGACGCGUGGCUUACCAAGGUUCUCCAACUUUAUCAGAUCCAGAAUCUCCACCACGGUGUCAUGAUGGUGGGUAAUUCCGGCACGGGCAAAUCGACCGCGUGGCAGACAUUGCUCGCAGCAUUGCAGAAGGUCGAUGGCAUCGAGGGUAUUUGUCAUGUCAUUGAUCCCAAGGUCAUGUCUAAGGAGAGCCUUUACGGUAACCUGGAUAGCACCACCAGAGAAUGGACCGACGGUCUUUUCACCAGCAUCCUCCGAAAAGUCGUCGACAAUCUCCGUGGCGAAGACAGCAAGCGUCACUGGAUCAUCUUCGACGGUGACGUCGAUCCCGAAUGGGUUGAGAAUUUGAACAGUGUGCUCGACGACAACAAGCUGCUCACCCUCCCGAACGGUGAACGUCUCGGUCUUCCCCCGAACGUCCGCGUCAUGUUCGAAGUCGAGACUCUGCGCUAUGCCACACUCGCUACGGUCAGUCGUUGUGGUAUGGUCUGGUUCAGCGAUGAUACCGUCGACAUCGACGUCAUGCUCUCCCGCUACCUCGCUCAACUGCGCAGUGCCACAUACGAAGAUCUGGAAGAAGAUACCGGUACCGCGACAUCUACCGAGUCUCGUCUCAUCACACAGGGCCUCAUGGCGGACAUGCUCAAGGUGCGAUUGACGGAGAAUGAUUUCAUCAGGAAGGCCCUGGAGAAUUGUGAGGGUCUUCGCCACAUCAUGGAGUUCACGUCAAUUCGGGCUGUCGGGACGCUGUUCUCAUUGCUGCGUAAAGCGGUCCGCUCGAUUCUGGAGUACAAUAUUCAGCACACCGACUUUCCUCUCAACGAUGAGCAAAUGGAGGCUUAUCUCUCGAAGAAAGUGCUUCUCGCGGCGGUCUGGUCUUUCACCGGAGAUUGUCCUCUUGCUGACCGGAAGAUCUUUGGUGACUACCUGGUCGGUCUGGCGACGAUGGAAAUGCCAGUGCUCUCCGAGACCAUCUCACUCAUCGACUAUGAUGUGACACUUCCCGAAGCUUCGUGGGCGCCGUGGCAGAAUCAAGUCCCGACGAUUGACAUCAACACCCACUCGGUCACUCAGACUGACCUUGUCAUUCCCACGCUGGACACUGUCAGACACGAGGAUGUCCUUUACUCCUUCCUGGCCGAACACAAGCCUUUGCUGCUAUGUGGUCCUCCCGGUUCCGGUAAGACGAUGACGCUCUUCAGCGCGCUGAGGAAGCUGCCCAACAUGGAAGUUGUCGGCCUCAACUUUUCGAGCGCGACAACGCCGGACUUGCUCGUCAAGACCUUGGAGCAAUACUGUGACUACAAGAAAUCCCUCAGCGGUGUCACCAUGGCCCCGAGACAAAUCGGUCGCUGGUUGGUCGUCUUCUGUGACGAGAUCAAUUUGCCUGCGCCGGACAAGUAUGGCACCCAGCGCGUCAUUUCUUUCCUCAGACAACUCGUCGAACAUGGCGGCUUCUGGCGCACCUCGACGAAGAGCUGGGUCAGUCUGGAACGGAUUCAAUUCGUCGGUGCUUGUAACCCCCCCACCGAUGUAGGCCGUACGCCUCUUGGUCUGCGGUUCCUGCGACAUGCCCCAUUGGUCAUGGUUGACUACCCCGGAGAACUCUCCCUCAAGCAGAUCUAUGGCACUUUCAACAAUGCAGUCCUCAAGAUCAUCCCGACUUUGCGCGGCUACUCUGAGUCCUUGACCAACGCGAUGAUCUCCGUCUAUAUCCAAUCGCAGAAGCGCUUCACGCCGGACAUUCAACCACACUACGUUUACUCGCCUCGUGAAUUGACGAGGUGGGUUCGUGCGAUCUACGAAGCCAUUCGUCCUCUGGAGACUCUAUCCUUGGAGGGCCUCGUGCGUAUCUGGGCACAUGAAGCACUGCGUCUUUUCUCGGACCGUUUGAUCGCCGAUGAAGAGCGACAGUGGACUGAAGAUACUGUCAACCGCCUCGCUCUGGAACAUUUCCCGAACAUCGACGAAGAGGUCGCAUUGCAACGUCCAAUUCUGUUCUCAAACUGGUUGUCGAAGAAUUACGUUCCGGUUGUUCGUGAUCAAUUGCGCGACUUUGUCAAGGCCAGAUUACGCACCUUUUGCGAGGAAGAGCUGGAUGUGCCUCUCAUCCUCUUCAACGACGUCCUUGAGCAUGUCCUGCGCAUUGACCGAGUGUUCCGCCAACCACAAGGCCAUCUCAUCCUCAUCGGUGUCAGCGGUAGUGGCAAGACGACUCUGUCGCGCUUCGUCGCGUGGAUGAACGGUCUUUCCGUGUUCCAGAUCAAGGUCCAUGGCAAAUACUCUGCUGAAGAUUUCGAUGAGGAUCUCCGCAAUGUCCUCCGCAGAUGUGGUUGCAAGGGUGAGAAGAUUUGCUUCAUCAUGGACGAAUCCAAUGUGCUUGAUUCGGGAUUCCUGGAACGUAUGAAUACUCUGCUGGCCAACGGAGAAGUUCCUGGUUUGUUCGAAGGUGAUGAAUAUGCCACCCUCAUGACCGCUUGCAAGGAAGGCGCUCAACGACAGGGCCUUUUGCUCGACUCCCAGGAAGAGCUGUACAAGUGGUUCACUCAGCAGAUUGUCCGAAACUUGCACGUCGUUUUCACCAUGAACCCACCGUCCGAGGGUCUCUCGUCUAAAGCGGCGACCAGUCCUGCUUUGUUCAACCGUUGCGUACUUAAUUGGUUCGGCGACUGGUCUGAUCAAGCUCUGUACCAGGUCGCGUAUGAGCUCACUCAGUCUGUUGACAUCGACAAAGGCAACUAUCGCGCUCCGGACAGCUUGCCGAUUGAGUUCGAUCAACUUGAAAUGCCACUGUCCCACCGCGACGCUGUCGUCAAUGGAAUGGUCCAUGUUCAUCAUUCGUUGCGUGCGUUCAACGACCGUCUCAAACGUCAACAGAACAAGACUACUUUCUUGACGCCCCGUCAAUUCUUGGACUUCGUCGCGCAAUUCGUCAAGCUUUUUAACGAGAAGCGUGAUGAUCUGGAAGAGCAACAGAGACAUUUGAACGUUGGUCUAGACAAACUUCGCGAGACUGUCGAGAAGGUCUCGGAGCUGAAAAAGAGUCUGGCCGAGAAGAAAUCCGAGCUUGAGAAGAAGGAUGCGGAAGCUGGUGAAAAGCUACAGCGCAUGGUCGCCGACCAACGUGAAGCUGAGCAGCGCCGUGCCACAUCCUUGGAGGUCCAGGUCGCCCUCGAGAGACAGGAGAAGAUUGUUGCGGAGCGUAGAGAGGUCGUCAUGAACGAUCUUGCGAAUGCCGAGCCUGCCGUUCUUGAGGCCCAGCGAAGUGUCAGCAACAUCAAGCGACAGCAAUUGACCGAAGUGCGUUCCAUGCAGAACCCUCCGGCUGGUGUGAAAUUGGCACUUGAAUCGGUCUGCACGCUGCUCGGUCACAAAGUGCCUGACUGGAAGACCAUCGUUAGCAUCGUUCGCAAAGACGACUUCAUCGCAAGUAUUGUGAAUUAUGACAAUGAGAAGCAGAUGACACCUCAACACCGAGUCAAGAUGAAGGCAGACUAUCUUUCGAAAGAGGACUUCACCUUUGAGAGGGUCAAUCGUGCCAGUAAAGCAUGUGGUCCUUUAGUCCAGUGGGUGGAAGCACAAGUCAAUUACUCCGAAAUCUUGGAUCGAAUCGGCCCAUUGCGCGAGGAAGUUGAUCAGCUCGAGGAAGAGGCCAUCCAAACCAAGGCCGAAGCAAAGACAAUUGAGAACACCCUCAUCGAACUGGAGCAGAGUAUUGCUACUUACAAAGCUGAGUACGCCUCGCUCAUUAGCCAGACUGAGGCCAUCAAAGCAGAGAUGAGCCGUGUCCAGUCCAAGGUCGAUCGCAGCAUGCGUCUCCUGAACAGUCUCUCGUCUGAACGUGGACGAUGGGAAGACAGCAGCAAGACCUUCCAGGUGCAGAUGGAGACCAUCAUUGGAGAUGUCUUCCUCGCUUCUGCAUUCCUCGCUUACUGUGGUUUGUACGAUCAACAAUACCGUCGUGCCAUGUUGGAGGAUUGGUCGUUGCACCUCUCAUCCUCUGGUAUCGCUUUCAAGCAGCAGAAUGCAAUGUCUGAAUUCCUCUCCACUGCAGACGAACGGCAGCAGUGGCAUGAGAACGCACUCCCUGUGGACGAGCUUUGCACCGAAAAUGCUGUCAUGUUGAAGCGAUACAACCGCUACCCGUUGAUCAUCGAUCCUUCUGGUCGUGUCACCGAGUUCUUGCAGAAUGAGAGUAAGGAGCGCCGUUUGACUGUCACUAGCUUCUUGGACAGCUCAUUCGUCAAGCAAUUGGAAAGUGCCCUGCGUUUCGGUAACCCCAUUCUCAUCCAAGAUGCUGAGCACAUCGAUCCCAUCCUCAACCAAGUCCUCAACAAGGAGUAUCAAAAGACCGGAGGUCGUGUGCUCAUCCAGCUCGGACGCCAGGAGAUUGAUUUCUCGCCUGCUUUCAAGCUUUACCUCUCUACACGCGAUCCAUCGGCUCCCUUCGCCCCUGAUGUCUGCAGUCGCACGACUUUUGUCAAUUUCACGGUCACGCAGAGCAGUUUGAAGACCCAAACACUCAACGAAGUUCUCAAGUCCGAGCGUCCCGAUGUCGAUGAACGACGUGCAAACCUAGUCAAGAUGCAGGGCGAGUUCACACAACGUCUCCGACGAUUGGAACGCAUGCUUCUGCAAGCGCUCAACGAAUCCCGUGGCAAUAUCCUCGACGACGAGAAUGUCAUUCAAACCCUUGAGACCUUGAAGAACGAAGCUGCGGAAAUUACUACUAAGGCGGCUGAAACCGAGGGCGUCAUGACUGAAGUCAACAACAUCAUGAGCACGUAUGAUAUCAUCGCCCGAUCGUGUUCUGCCAUUUUUGCUGUCUUGGAACAACUUUAUCACGUCCAUCACUUUUACCAAUUCUCGCUGCAAUACUUUGUGGACAUCUUCGAGGCUGUUCUAAAGGAAGCGCGGGAAUCUAGCGAACGUGACUCAAAGACGCGCAUUGAUUCCAUUGUUCGUUCGCUGUUCAACCGAGCUUACGACGAGACUUCUGCGUCGCUACUACAGAAGGACCGACUCACCUUUGCUGUGCUUCUCGCUCAAGCAGCGCCUUUCCCUAUGGACAAGGGCUUCCUAGAUACCCUGCUGGACGACACUGUUGUAGGCGCCGACGUCAACUCCUCUCCUGAGCUCAAGGACAAGGCUGUUGCCAUCGCUUCCCGCGUCAACGGCCUCAAGGAACUUGUGGCGGUUGUGGAUGGUCCAGAGUGGGACGCAUUCCUCGCAACAGAGCGCGCCGAGACGUGCGUGCCCGGCGCUGCACAAAUGGCAGGCAAUGACAAUGACAAGGCUCUCAAAGAACUCCUACUCGUCAAGCUUUUCCGCAUCGAUCGUCUGGUCCCUGCUACUGAGCGAUUCGUCAAUACUGUCUUUGGACCCAACUUCUUGGACGUCGCGGAAGAUCUCGGUCGUAUCGCAGCCAACACCACCGCCAGCUCGCCAAUCGCAUUGUGUUCCAGCCCUGGAUUUGAUGCCAGCUACAAGGUUGAUCAAUUGGUGGAACGCACUCAAGAAAGCUGUACGAGCGUUGCUAUGGGUUCGAACGAGAGUGUCGCGAGUGCAGAUGCAGCUCUGGCUGGCGCAGCAGCAAACGGAUCCUGGGUACUUAUCAAGAACGUCCACCUCGCGACCGAGUGGCUCCAGAACCUGGUCAAGAGAAUCGACUCGCUCAAGCCACACAAGAACUUCCGUUUGUUCUUAUCGAUGGAGACGAGCCCGAAAAUCCCCUCAAGCUUGCUCCGAGCUUCCCGUGUCUUGACAUACGAACAGCCCGCUGGUAUCCGUGCCAAUAUGAGAGACACACUCACCUCAUUACCAGAAAAGGCAGUCCAGCAGCCAGUCGAGAAGGCCCGAAUUCACUUCCUGCUGUCCUUCCUCCACGCCGUGGUCCAAGAGCGUCUCCGAUACGCCCCUCGUCUGGGCUGGAAAGGAUUCUGGGAAUUCAACGAUGCCGACUUCGACUGUUCCGCCUUCAUCAUCCAAUGGUGGACCGACAACCUCGCCCGCGGCCGCUCCAACGUGGCGCCGAAGUCCGUGCCCUGGGAAAUGCUCCGCGUGCUCAUCUCGGAAAUGUACGGAGGCAAAGUCGACGAUGCAGCCGAUUUCGCGCAGUUGAAGACUCUCGUCGCGAAAACUCUCACGGCCGAUGCUUUCGAGGAGGGCUUCAACCUCAUCGCGGAAGUCGCCGAGGACAGCACUAUCGGCACCGCUCUGCCCAGUGGCACAUCCAAGUCGGUCUUUUUGCAGUGGGUCAAGGACUUGCCUGAGCGUGAACCUCCGACUUACCUCGGUCUGCCUGCCAACGCGGAGAAGCUAUUGCUCGUCGCGCAUGCAGAGGAGAUGGUCAGGAAUUUGAAGACGGUCAUGGGAGUGCUGGAUGAAGGAGAGCACAUCAUGGCCGAGGCGGUGGAGGAGUGAAAAAAACUUUCCUUUGUUCGAAUCUGUUUGGAUUAGGGAUAUCAUGCGCGCGGGAAAAGGGAGAUUGUACAAGAUGGCUUUCAGGAUGUGGGUUUCCAGCUUUUCUACCUGUUGUUGUUGUUGUUCUUCCUAAUUGUAUCGCUCUCGCGCAUGGUAUCGGCGGGAGCACCAUCUUUUGGGUUGGCGUUUGUUUCUGCGCAUAUACCCCCCCUUUCUGUACAAUGUAUAAUAUUUGACACAAAACAUUCCUCUACUUCAUUGAGCCC